ACGUGAUGCUUCGUCACCCCGUUCGAAGUAAUGUCAAGUUUCUGACUUCCGCAUUGGACCUAAAUGUUCAAUUUCUCGGGUUGAAAUGUGAUGCCAUGUCGGACUCAUUGUUUAAGGUGUCUUCAUUGACUGCUCACUACCCGUUAUCACGGUCGGAUCUUUAUAAAGAUCUGAUCCCAUCGGCAUCCAAGGUCUGGUUCCACUCGGGACAUGUCUUCAUAUCAACAAAUCACCUCCACAAGUUGACCACGUUCGACAUCGGGCCGUAUGAAGCAAGCAAUGGCGACCACAACCGGAAGACUUUAGAUCUGACCUUUGACCUCUCACCACUCCAUGAUGUAUUAUUUGGGUGCUCAGACUCUGAUGACCAUGUCGUGUUUUUGAUUGCCGAGAAUGGUCUCACACAAGUCUGGAGCUAUUACCACAACAAAGGCUGGGAAAAACGUGGCACAUUUGAACUCUGUACAAACUGCACUUCUAACAUCUGUAAUGUGAUCUUAGAUAAUAGGGGGUGCUGCUUCUAUUGGUGUGAAGAAACUUUUUUAGACGAUGGAUCAACGAUGCAUAAAAUCUGCAAACGGUCGUUCCCGACGGGACAUGGUGCUUGGACAAAGGAGAAUAUCGGUGAUGUGUUCGUGCUACUGGAUGAUUGUCCGAUGUCAGAUUUAUACGUUAUUGAUGACAAUUUGAUUAUAUGGCCACGUCAGCCUUGUCCCCAGGGAUUAAUCAUCAGAUGGUUGCCAAUGAUGAGAUGUUUAGAAGUACAUAUAUUGAGACGAGGUUGUGUUCAUACACAGAAUGACUUUGCAUUUCGGCCACCGAGCUUCCGCGACAUUGCCAUGUCAUUGGUCGACUUGUGGAUACAAGGUGGUGAUGAUGAUGAUGAUGAUGAUGAUGAUGAUGAUGAAAAGGCGGCAGUCGUUCAUCAUCCUCUUCAGAAUGAACUUUACAUGAUCAACAAAUCAGGCGAAGUCUUCUCCAUCGAAAACACAAAAAACCUGAAGAAAGUGUGCCACUUGGUGCUGCGGGCAUCCACCGAUUCACAAUACUUCAUGUGUCAAUUCGCUCUUUGUGAGCUCAGUCGAAGAUUCAUGAGAUUUUACAGUUUAUCAACUGGUCUAGUCAAGCAAACCAUUGAUACGGAGCACGGAGUUGGCCAGGUGCUUGGAGUGUGGAAUUCUCUGUCUGGAGGGUUAGAGCCUGCUUCUAUGAUUCAGUCAGUGGGGUUUUACACAGCGAAGAACGCCUUUCAGAUCCUGAUGACUGACUGCAGAGGCUGGAGAGCAGAGCCAGAAAACAUCGUCAGGAUGCUAGAGGCGGGAGAGCCGAUGUUAGCCGCACAGAAGAUCCUCGAUGGGGACAAGAGUGGUCAGAUGAUUGGCCAUGGAACACCCGAUGUUUUGACCAAUGGGAGCGAGUUUGAGAGUGCAGCCAUUCCACUCAUUCGUCUGGAGCAGAGGAACAAGUUGCCAAGCCCGUCCACCGCGAAACAAGUUGAAAAGUUUGUAGAAGAUUCUGAUGACAGGGAGAAUCAGAAAGUGUCGACUGAGCUGAAUGAGUUUAUCUCUCCUCUCAUCGCACAAUACGUCCAACUCCAACGUGACAUUCUCGCCCACCUUGACAACAAAUCUCCUGGCUCUCAGAGGUCAAGAAAGGUCGAAGAUGAAGUCAUUUCCCUGAUUGCCACCAAUGGCGCUACUGAUUUACUUGGGCGACAGGUUCAGCUUGAGAUGUUGGCAGAGCAGUAUCCGGAGGAAGUUUUGGCGGCCAUUAUGAAAUAUCUGAACAACGACACUGACGAUACGAGCAGGGCUGAAAUGAAGAAAUGGAAGGAGGUACUUGGUACAGAGCCUUCCAUGUCGCAACGCGGCUCCAUCCUACCUCUCUACCAGAUGACAUGUCGUCUACUGUUCCUAGACCAACCUUCACAGCUUGUCAAGUUUGUUCAAGUCGCUCACAGCAUGAGUGAACAAGGAUUUGGCGUACCAGGAUUCUCGAGGAAAACCACCUCGCUGUAUGACCGGGCCCUCGACGCCGUCCCAGAUGUCAGUAAGUCAUCUAUCAAAUACGAUGCUGUUGUUGCCAUUGCACAGCUUCUGCUAAUGAGCUCGAGGCCGCAACGAGAACAUGAAGCCUUACGUCUGCUUCUCUCCAAUGAAGUGUGGGAGGCAGCCAUUUCUCUGGUGGCACAGAACACCAGCACCUGCAUCCACUGUGAACUCUUCAAUGUACUUUUUGUAGAAAGUUUAAAGCAUGGCUUCCUGGCCAAGUAUACCAGCGAUAUCAUGGAACUGAUCCCAGAGAGAGUCAACAUGUUGUAUCUGCUGGAUCUGAUGAAGACGCACCUGACGUCCAAUAAGGACGGGGACGAGGUCUUCUGUAGCGGAGGUGAUACAGAUAUCAAAGUGGGGACAAUCAGGCUGUAUUUGAUGAAGUUCCUUGAAAAGUAAUGAAGGCGUUGUCAUGGCAAGCUGUCACAAGGAUACGACUUUAAAGUAGCGCGGGGGAUUCCUUUGGUGUUGUCUUUUAGAUUCAGUCAGCAGGUGGACUUGAUUGUAGCAUGAACUUUCUCUCACUUUGGCCUAAAAUGGCAACAGUUGUCUCAAUUGAAAAGUGUACUUUGAUUUAUGAGUGAAAUGAAAAUGAACCUGUUAUUUUUGCAACCAUGUGAUGUUCAGAAGAUCAAUAUAGAAGAAAAUUGUAAAA